AUGCUUGAUCAGUUCGAGGCACUCAAGUGGAUUCGCGCCAAUAUUGCCGAUUUUGGCGGCGAUCCGGAGCGCAUCACGGUUAUGGGACAAUCUGCUGGUUCGGCAGCUACACAUGACAUUCUCAACAGUCCUUUAACCAAGGGUAUGAUCAAGGGCGCAAUCGUUGAGAGUGGUGUUCGUUACCCCCAUGACCCUUUGUGUUCUUCCCUGGACGAAAAUCACCAUACGCUGGAAUUUGCGUUGAAUCAGGCUGUGAAGUACCUUGCAUCGAAGAAUGCUAGCACUAUUGCAGCGGCCCGCCAACUGUCCUAUGAAACAUUUGUCGAGAACAGUCAAUUCUCCUUCGGCAAUACUUCAUCCUCCUGGGUCUUCACAGCCACCCUUGACUACUACGCUAUGCCGGAUACAUACUACAACACGCUCCUCAAGGGCGAUGCCAAUGACGUUCCUGUCCUCACGGGUAUUACCCGCGAUGAGAGCGGCGCUACUUAUGGACUCAACAUUACCGUCCAGGAGUAUCUGGCGGACUUGAAUGAGACUUAUAGCGGCCAACUCGUCGACGAGUUCCUCGCCCUGUAUCCAGCCGCCAAUAGCUCACAGGCGUCUCUAUCGGAGAACUUGCAGUUUACGGAACGGUCCAUGGUUGGUACCUGGCUCUGGGCAAGGAUGUGGCGUCCCAACGCAUCGAGCCCAGUGUUCACGUACCUCUGGGACCACGCUCCCCCCGGCAAGGACCAGGGUGCGUAUCAUGAAUCUGAGAUUAACGAUGUUCUCAACAAUCUCUAUGGACCCGAUUCUCCUUGGACUGGUGAAGAUUACAGAAUUGCGGCGACAAUGAAUACCUACUGGAUCAAUACAUACUGGAUCAACUUCAUAAAAUCCGGAAACCCGAACGGCGCUGCUCUGGUCCAUUGGCCUGAAGUGACAAUACGGAGAUCACGCAGCAGCUUGGUGACGUGUGGGGCUCGAUGCCUAUCGCAAGUGAAGCGCAAGUGA